AUGUCGUUCUUAAAGGGAUUGGUUGGUCCUAGAGUGCUUACUUCUGCUCAAGCAACUCAAGCUCCUACUAAUCCUCAUGUUUCUAGCACUACGCCCAUAGUGAAUGGGACUAGAGGGAGGAGCUUCAAUGAGGGCGAAGCUGAAAGUCAUGGGACGACUUUUUCUUACAAUACUGCUGUUAUUGGUGGCCAUAUUGAAGGAAAUCAAAUUCAAAUUCAUGUUUUUGAGAGCAAUGUCAUUGCAAGCUGGAAUGGGAGCUCUGAAUUGGACUCUGAACUAAUUCUUAUUCCCAAGGUUGUAGUGAAUUCUGCAGGUUUAAGCGCUCCAGCCAUUGCAAAACGAAUGAAAGGUCUACCUGACGGUAUUAUACCUGCUUCUCAUUAUGCUUGUGGUUGCUACUUCACACUUUCAAACACGAAAUCCCCUUUCAAGCACUUGAUUUAUCCUAUACCUGAGGUUGGUGGCCUUGGAGUGCAUGUUUCCUUGGAUUUGAAUGGCCAAGUCAAGUUUGGUCCUGAUGUCGAAUGGAUAAAAGGAAUUGAUGAUAUUCCGAGCUUCCUCAACAUGCAAGUUCUCAUUGAUAAUGUAAAUUUUUGCAUAUUGAAGGUUGGAAAACAUGUUCUCAUUUUCAUCGUGAAAUGCAAUUAGCAGAUGUUGGUAAGUCUAU